AUGUCAUCCGUCAUGCAUUACUAUCCAGUGCACCAGCCAAAGAUGAACACCUACCCAGCUCCAGUGGUCAAGUACAGCAAUCUCCUGUACGGAAAUCAUCACAACACAAGCAACCCGCCACAAGCCAUGCAACAAUCGCAGCAAACACCCCUUCCAGCCGUGGUCUCGCUGCCCGCGUACCAUUCUCCAACCACACUGCCCUUGUCAGUGGGGGAGCAGCAGGGGCAGCAGAUAUCUUCCGAUGAGAAUAUGGCCUUGCAGCCAGCGCAGGCGCAACGGGUCAAGUUGAAGCGUUCCCGGACAGCAUUCACAAGCGUGCAGCUCGUGGAGCUGGAGAGCGAAUUCAAGAGCAACAUGUAUCUGUACAGGACGCGUCGCAUUGAGAUUGCUCAGCGUCUGUCGCUGUGCGAGCGUCAGGUGAAGAUCUGGUUCCAGAACCGUCGCAUGAAGUUCAAGAAGGACAUUCAGGGUCAUCGCCAACGCGACUCGAAGCCCAAUGCCAAAUUGACGCAGCCUCAAACGGAGCAGAGCGCUCAUCGCGGCAUUGUGCAGCGACUAAUGUCCUACUCCCAGGAUCCCAGUGCAGAGAAACGCGCUGCACAACCGAACCCACCUGUUAUGCCACCCACGUUGCCAAAUCCGGCUCAAGACUUGUACGGACAUGUCAAGCCCAAGCCAAAGACUCAAACGGUGGCCAGCAGCGCAUCGGAUCUGAGUGAAAUUCUGGAACACCUCGCCCAGUCGACGGCAGCACCCGCAUCCAGUGCUGCUCUGCCUGCCAGCUCCGCCUCAACGGGACACUACUCGUACAAUGUGGAUUUGGUGUUGCAGAGCAUCAAACAGGAUCUGGAGGCAGCGGCUCAGGCCUGGUCCAAGUCCAAUGCAGCGCAGACCCGUCACCACAAUGCCGAACCAAUUGCAAUGCACCCUAGCUCAUCGCUAUCCAUGAAUCUCUCGUGGGGUGAGCCAGUGGCCAAGUCAAGGAAGUUGAGCGUCUCGCACCUGAAUCCCUGCACGGCUUCCUACGACUAUCACAACUGAAGACAACUAUCUCUGCUUCUUUGCCCAUAUUUUUUUUCUGCUUUAAGUUAAAUCUAAGUAUUCGUCCCUGGUAAAAGAAGACGUAAAAGAUACA